ACCGGUGUACUACCACCGCCAGGUAACCUGACAUAGUAACAAUAGUCAACCCGAAGCUACUGACAAACCAGUGUACUACCAGUGCACUACAAACACCAGCUCGCCACAAAGUGUCGAUUGGGGAUUUUAAGUACAUCAUAGUUUCCUGAAGAUGGCAGACAAUGACGAUCUCGAGCAGUCUGCCACAACUGUUUCGACACCAUUAACACUUUCAAAACAAAUGGAAUAUACUUCAAUGUUGGACGAGUCGGCUCCUCUAGAAACAGAGCUGACCAUUGAGAGUGCAAUUGACCAGAUCGGUUUUGGCCGAUUUCAAAUCAAGAUCUCAAUCAUGACUGGUCUAUGUUGGAUGGCGGAUGCAUUUGAGAUUAUGCUGCUCAGCAUCUUAGCUCCCGAGCUGCUUUGUAUUUGGCAUCUUGAGAGAUGGCAGGAAGCACUGAUCACCACCAUUGUCUUUGUUGGGUAUCUCAUCAGCUCCCCUCUCUGGGGAAAAUUCUGCGACAAGUUUGGCCGAAAAACUGGUCUGAUUUGUUGCUCCUCCGUCAUUUUAUACUUUGGUCUACUCAGUGCAGCAACACCCAACUAUAUGUGGCUGUUAAUCAUGCGGGGUAUGGUCGGUUUUGGAAUUGGUGGUGCUUCACAAACAGUGACACUGUAUUCAGAAUUUCUUCCUGCCAAAACGAGAGGUUUCUGUAUUGUCUUUCUAGAGAUUUUCUGGGUGCUAGGUGUUGUUUUUGAAGUAUUACUUGGGAUGAUUGUCAUGCCAACCCUAGGCUGGAGGUAUCUGUUGUUGUUCUCUGCAAUUCCAUUGCUGUUGUUCGUUCUAUGUUCAAAGGUCUUCCCUGAGAGUGCCUACUAUUAUGUCGCAUGUGGAGAAAGAGAAAAGGCUAUGAGCAUCUUAAAACAAGUAGCUGAUGGUAACGGUAAACCAAUGCCUAAAGGAAGACUAAAGAUUGAUGAAACCUCGAGUAAACGUGGGCGGUUCAGUGACUUGUUUGUCACCAGAGAAGCGGGAAUUACAACACUUUUGCUCACAUUUAUUUGGUUCGUAAAUGCCUUUGUCUAUUAUGGUAUUGUUCUGCUUUCAAGUGAGCUCUUCUCCAGAAAUGACGAAUGUUACGGGGGAGAUGGGAGUGAUGAAAACACAUUGUCCGCCUGCUUUGAUGAAUGUACUACUCUUGACCCGAGUGACUAUGGGUCCCUCUUGAUAACUACCUUCGCUGAGUUCCCAGGAAUCUUGGUGACUCUUCUUAUGAUUGAAUACCUCGGCCGUAAAAAGUCCAUGGCCAUCCAGUUCUUCUUGUGCUCCAUAUUUAUAUUCCUCCUGAACAUGUGCACAACUAGAUUUGGAUUAACAGUGCUGCUGUUUGCAGCGAGGGCUUUUAUCUCUGGAGGCUUCCAAGCACUGUAUGUUUACACACCAGAGGUGUACCCUACACAUGUACGAGCCAUUGGGCUUGGUUCAUGCAGCUCAGCUGCCCGUAUAGGAGCCAUCAUUACGCCAUUUGUUGCACAGGUCAUGUUAGCCAAGUCUCCUUCGUUGGCAUUCUGCAUCUAUGGUGUUUCAGCCGUUCUCUGUGCCAUUGCGUGCAUGGCUCUCCCUAUUGAAACCAGAGGGCGAGAACUCCUGUCAUCAGUCAAACAGCUAAAAGGAGAACUUCAUCCUGGAUAAAAAUGCUCAUCCCUUAUUGUGUUGUGACACUGCCCUAUUGGUGAUCAAAGGUUCAAGAACACAAAUAUUUUUUUUUUUUGUGAAAAAAUAAAACAGUUUUUAGUGAGCACAUGAUGGAGAAAUGUGCAUAAAUCGUGGGUUGACUAUAAUGUAGGAACUUGAUCGGUGUCCUAGUGAAAUCUGUUCCACAGAUCUGUUCCCCCAUGCAUAAAGGGUAAUUGGCCUGAACAUCUGACAUCACACUUCGAGGCUCGUGAAAACGCCAAAGACUGGCCUCCAGCCAUUGUGUAUCUUCACCUUUCACCUACAUUCAUUUCACAUAGAGAUUUGUAGCCAAAUUCUACACCAACAUUACAUGCAAGUACAUGCACAUGCAUGUACUGUAUACGUAAUACACACGCAUGUACUGUAUACGUAAUCUAACGUGGACACAGCAUGCAGACGAAAAAAGUAAGCUUCCCAUAUCUGUGUUUUGAUUGGUCCGAGGUGAUGUUUGUCAGCGGCACUCAAACCACCCUCCCAAUCAAAGCACAUCUAGGGAAAGCUCAUGUCACUGCACGUUUAUCCAAUGAUAUCAUUCUAUCCAAUCGAAUCACUGGAUCGGAGUAGCAAGUACAUGUUAUCCUUGCGGAUAAAGACAGGGGCCCAGUUUAAUGGGAAAUAAGCAUGAGCUGAGCAGAUUGAUUCAAAAGAGGGCGCUAUCAAAACAAAUAAAAAUCUCUCGCCACAACGGCCCUACAUUCUCGUGCAGCACAGUGCUCUCAGUGAUGUAUCCACAAAUAAUAGAAAAACAAGACAAAAGGGAAGAAAUUGGUAGAGUACUUAUGAUAUAAAUGGAGCGCAUUAGUAUCCUGUUGCGAAACAUGAAUUGUGUCAUAGGCACUUGACAUGUUUGGUAACAAUUUUCAAAGACCAGUGUUCUCACUUGGUGUAUCCCAACAUAUGCAUAAAAUGACAAACCCGUGAAGG